CCUCCGGUGCACGCGCGCGGACCAGCGGAGCUCGAGCGCGUCUGAGUGAAAUAUCGGUGUGAGUGAAUCCGGACAGCUGUCUUGCAGCACACACACACACACACACACACAAAAGUCACAAAGUCUUCGCGUUGCAUUCAGGUGAAGAAGAGAUUCUGCUGGUUUAUUGUGUCUGUGGUUGUUAUUUGGAAAUGAAGUGGCGCUGGCUCAGCGGUCCUGUGCUGCUCCUCCUCUGCGUCCACUGCACUCGUGCUAUGUUCAUCCCCAACGCCACACACCUGGAGGCCAUGAUGGAGAAGUACAUAGAUAAGGAGGACUCGUGGUGGGAAUCCAGACCAAGGGGCAAGAGGGCCAUCUCGCACAGCGACAUGCAGCUGAUUCUGGACCUUCACAACAAGCUCAGGGGUCAGGUUUAUCCUCCUGCAUCCAACAUGGAGUACAUGGUGUGGGACACUGAACUGGAGCGCAGUGCAGAGGAUUGGUCUUACUCCUGUCUGUGGCAGCACGGCCCGUCUCACCUGCUCACACAGAUCGGACAGAACCUGGGUGUGCACUGGGGCAGAGAACGACCUCCGACCUUUCACGUGCAGGCGUGGUAUGAUGAAGUUCAGCACUUCAGCUUCCCCUAUCCACAGGAGUGUAACCCGUACUGUCCCUACAGGUGCUCCGGACCUGUCUGUACACACUACACACAGUUGGUUUGGGCCACCAGCAAUAAAAUUGGCUGCGCCAUCAACGUGUGUUACAACAUGAACGUGUGGGGAAUGAUCUGGGCCAAAGCCGUCUAUCUCGUGUGUAAUUACUCACCACCGGGGAACUGGUGGGGUCAUGCGCCAUAUAAACACGGCCGGCCGUGCUCAGCGUGUCCGUCCAGCUAUGGAGGAGGCUGCAGGGACAAUCUCUGUUACAAAGAUGAUGGCAGUCGGAGAUAUUCUGCCCCCGAGCCGGAGGAGAAUAACUACAUUGAGGCGGAGCCAUCGCACGGCCAUUCAUCUCCAUCUGCUGACCGCUCACACACACCAACACAAGCACCAACACCACCACAGAACCAGGGUCUGGUCAGGAACAAGAUCAUAAGCACUGAGCAGAUGUCUCAGCAGGUGGACUGUGAUGUAAAGUUACGGGAUCGGUGUAAAGGAACUACCUGCAACAGGUAUGAAUGUCCACCUGGGUGUUUAUACCGCCACGGGAAAGUGAUGGGCUCGGGAUAUUACGAUGUGCAAUCCAGUAUCUGUGGUGCUGCGUUACACGCCGGGGUCAUAGACGAUGAUGGAGGCUGGCUGGACAUCACCAGAGUGGGCAGAAGAACACGUUUCACCGAGUCAUACCAGAAUGGAGUUCAGACACAAGCGAAAGAGCAGAGCGCUAACGCCUUCACUGUGCUCAAAGUUCCAGUGAAAGCGAUAUCCUGUGACAUGACGGUGUCCGAGUAUUGUCCUUUCAAAAAGCCAGUCACUCACUGUCCAAGGUUGUAUUGUCCUCGUAACUGUCUGGACAGCAGCCGCGGCCGUGUGAUCGGGACCCGCUACUAUGCGGAUAGCUCCAGUAUCUGUCGGGCAGCGGUUCACGCCGGUGUGAUACAGAAUGACUCGGGUGGAUAUCUGGAUGUAAUGCCUGUAGAUAAGAGACGAAGCUACAGAGGCUCACAGCAGAACAGAGUCACAUCAGAGAGCUUGCAGAAUCCCACAGGAGGAAAAGCGUUCCGAGUUUUCGCGGUGAUCUGAAGCCCCGUUCCAAGGACACAUGCCACUGCGGAGCAGAACGGCCAACAAUAACAGCGUCCCUCAUGCUGAGCUAAAAAAUCUCUCAACAGACAUAAAAAAGACAUUAACGCCAACCAUAUGGCUAAUGGUGAAGCAGUGGACUUCAGCUCUGUGGACAUCUUCUGUAUAAUAUCAUGUUGUGAACAAUUCUUUCUCUCUAAAUCUUUCUGCAGGAGGACACAGAGGCCAGGCCUUAUUUUCUUCUGUCCCGUUUUCUUAGCAUUAGCUAGAUCGUUUUCCAGAUUUUAUCUUACGGUUCCUCGCCAUUGCAUUUAGCUGCAGCUAAAAGCCUGCUCUAGAACUUACCAGCAAACCUGACAAACCUUACAGAUGAUCAGUUUGUUGCUAGCAGUUUAUACAGGGUUAGCACGUAACACGGUUAGCUUAAUAAUACUUGAUAGUGUAACUAGCACUUAAUAUAUCAUUUAACCUAGUUUUAGCUGAACAUGUAUAGCUACUGGAAAAGGUAACAGCUAAACUGUUUGCUAAGUGUUUGUGCUAUCUUAAUAUUCCAAUUCUGCGUCUUCAGAUAAAAUGAAUCUCUCAGUGAUCUCAGAUUGAUUAAAAACAAUUUCAAGUUAGCACAUAAAAGAUCCUGAAAUUAGCAUGACUGAGAUUCAGAACAGUGUUAGCUCGGUGUUGUGUGUAGGUACAUGGCUAAAGGUUAGCUCAUAGCUUCUAAAUCUGAUCAUGCUAAUUCUGACAGAAAUACCACUUCUGGACUGAAGAGCAGCUAAUGCGUGUCUGAAACGUGUUCCUACAUCCGGAUCACGGGACAGGAAAUGGACAGAAAAUACGCCUGGCCUCUUUGGACUUCUGUACACUUCUGUUUUUUAAGUUCUUCUAACUAUUUUUUUUUUUUUUUUUUAAAUAAGGGUCUGUACAUAAUGGGAUCGAUUACAUGCUGAUGGGGUUGCCAGUUUAUUAGGUACAUCUACAUUCUCUCUAGUUUCAUCACGUAAAGGUCACUCUGUGUGUGUCUCACUGCUGUAGUGGGAUAAUAACAUGUUUAUUAGCUGCUUAGCCCCGCCCCUUUCGAUCGAUGAACACUGUGUAGACGUUGCCAAUACAUUUGUGCAAAGCAUCAGUGAGUCUAGAGUGUAGGUGACCCUGAUAAACAGGCAGCUCGGUGCUUAUGAACCCUCUUAACCCUCGGAGUUGUUUUCCUUAACGAGGUUACGACUUUACGAUGUUGAUGAAGUUUCUAUUUUUGUACUUUUUCGUAUCGCUGCCGCAGUGGAGCUGGACCUGGCAGGCCAGGAAAAAUCACCUAACACUCUGAAGAAUAUUCUGAUCAUUUCCCACAAGAAGAGAGAAGAGUGUGAAGAGGGGAUAAGGGGGAUGAGGGGAUGUGACGCUGAAGUAUUUAUUAUUCCUGCGUGUUGAAUAAAGCCAUGCUGUCAGUGGGCAUGUGCAGAUAUUUCAGUUUUUAUCCCACAGUACAGUAAUAACACUAAUACUACACUAAUAACACAUUAUUACUGCACAUUAUAUACAUUAUAUUCAUAAACACACACACACAACACAGUAUCAUG